UCAGACAUUUUUUUUCCCCCCUCCAAAGAUGGCGUCGACGCAGAUCACUGACGAGGAGCUUUUUUCCCAGUUGAAGUUCUAUGGAUUCAGUCCCGGUCCGGUGACCGAAAACACGCGUCCGGUUUACCUGAAGAAGCUGAAGAAGUUUCUGGAGGAGCAGCAGCAGCGGGAGCAGCGGGGGAAAGGCCGCGGCGGCAGCACGGGGGCACCGAGGCCAGGUAGACAUGACGUCAGGCGCCUGAGCUCCGGCAGGAGACCGGGCCUUAAGUCCUCCGUCCUCGGCUUCAGCUCCGACGAAUCAGACGCCGAGACGCCGCUGAAAAGGACGGCUCUGGAUCACACGAAACGAACCGGUCGGAACCAGAACCAGCCGCCGGUGGAGGCGAACAGGAAGGCUGCCCUGAAAGGCGAUUCAUUGCCGGCGCCAGACGGACAGCCGGCCGCCGCGCUGGGCCGGGGAACCGGGAACAGAUCCCGGCCUGAUGGCGAAGAGCUGAGCGACGAGGAGGAGCCGAACUCCCGCCCUGUUAACGGCCGCCGCUCCGCUCCUCUCAGCUCUAGCAAACUAGCCGGAGACUACUCCGAUUCAGAGGAGGAGGAGGAGGUCGGGGCCCCUGGAGGCCUGGAGCCAGACCGGAGGAGCUUAGAGCUGCGGCGGAUCUCCACCGCGGGGCCCUUUGGCCCCCAUGCAGACGGCAGAGGGUCCAGAGGGAAGAACUUUUCUCCGCCUGGGAGCAGAUCUAUGGCUGGGGGCAGAGAGGAGGACGGGGAGAGGAUGAGGAGGGCAGACCUGGAGGCAUCGGGGGGGUCUGGGCGCCACAUGUUCCCCAGGAAGCCCCUCUACGUCCCCCUGGACCCCCAGAGCAGGCCCUGUGAGAACAACCAUGUGAACAGUGAGGAGGGGCCCCCCAGGAGGAGCAGCGCGGGGACCAGGCAGCGCUUCCCCGCCUACCGCAGCCCGGCCCCUGGGGGCUUCUCCAACCACAGCCCGCUGCCAAACCACGCAGGCCCCAAAAAGAAGGUGUCCGCCCCUGAGGAUGAUCUGCUGCUGCAGUUCCACCGGGAGGGCCAGGGCCCCUCUGGGAGCUUCAGCGCCCACUACCUGUCCAUGUUCCUGCUCACCGCCGCCUGCCUCUUCUUCCUCCUGCUCGGCCUCCUCUACAUCCGGAUGAGGGGCUCCGGGGCCCCUGGAGGAGAGGGACUCAUUAAAAGCCAUCCCUUCGGGAGCGACUUCGACGCCUCCUACGAUGAGGCUGAGAGAGAAGUGAUCCUGAAGCUGCUGCUCAGUCUUCAUGACCACCUGGCCGUCGUUGCUGGUCACCAUGACUGUGGAGACCAGCGGUUUCCCAACAGGAGUCUGUCCAGAGAGAAGGUGGCAGAAUAUUUGGAGGCCCAGGAUGGAGCCUUUAAAGGUUUUAUUGAUGUUUCUCUGGAGUGGAUCAUCAGAACCAAUCAGGAUGUUGGGAUCAGGCUUAGCGGAUCAGAUGAUCCGGUGACGGACGUGUCGGAGAUCUCCUGGUUAGAAUCCACUCAUCCCAGGAUGCCGUUCGCCUGCCGCUUCCGCAGAGCCUUUCUCUCAGUCGUGAGCAAAGUGGUCCUGGUGGUCGUUGUCGUAGGCUUGGCGUGGAGCGCCGUGUGCUACGUGAAGCACCGCUGGAGGAGGGAGGAGGAGGAGACCAGGCAGAUGUACGACAUGGUGGAGAGGAUCAUCGAUGUGCUCAGGACCCACGGCGAGGCCUGCCAGGAGAACCGGGACCUGGAGCCGUAUCUGCCCAUCCCUCACGUCAGAGACUCGCUGCUCCAGCCUCAGGAUCGGAGGAAGAUGAAUACGGUCUGGAAUCGAGCCGUGAAGUUCCUCUCUGCCAACGAGUCCAGGAUCCGAACGGAGACCCAGACCAUCAAGGGAGCAGACUUCCUGGUGUGGCGGUGGAUCCAGCCGUCCCUCAGCUGCGACAAAUCCAAAGUGUGGCAGGGAAAAGCUUUCCCUCUGGACCGCAGGAAUUCUCCGCCAAACAGCCUGACGCCGUGUCUGAAGAUCAGGAACAUGUUUGACCCGGACAUGGAGGUCGGGGACAGCUGGGACGUGGCCAUCCAGGAAGCCAUCCUGGAGAAAUGCAGCGACAACGACGGCAUCGUCCACAUUUCUGUAGACAAGAACUCUAAGGAGGGCUGCGUCUACGUGAAGUGUCUGUCUGCAGAGCACUCUGGGAAGGCCUUCAAAGCGCUGCACGGCUCCUGGUUCGACGGUAAGCUGGUGACGGUCAAGUAUCUGCGUCUGGACCGGUACCACCAGCGCUUCCCGCAGGCCCAGGGCUGCAGCACCCCCCUGAGGGCUUCCAGCUCGCACCAGAACGCCACCAACGCCGUGUCCCACCAAUCGCAACACGGGCCCCCGAACUCCUCAGGCUUCUCAUGAGGGGCCGCGCUGUGGGUGGCCCCUCCUGUAUCAUAGAACUGACAGCGGUGCAGAGCUUCUUUUUAUACUUCAAGUGUCAUAGAGUUUAAAACAAAGUAUAUGGAGUAUUUAUUACUUUGGUUCUGUUCCACGGCUCCCUGCCGGGGCGGAGCGGGGGGCGGGGCGGGGCCCGGCGCUCGCUCCGCAUCUGGCUUCAUUCGGGAAAAUCUCUGCUGGGAUCGCUUCUCAAAAACGCAGCAGAUAAUCCGGACGUCUGCGGCUCAACCCAGAGAUUAUGCAUCAGCAGAGGUCCAUCGCCGUGGCAACAGAUGAAAUGAAGCCACUCGGUUGGUUCGCGUGUGUGAGACCUGUUCACUGUCUCCUGCAGGUCCCACUCCACCUCCUUCACUAUUAUUUCUACUGGAUUUAUUAUAGUUCUUUCGUAGCGGACUAAAUGAGCGCCGUGGUCAGAGUGUCCACCUCAGACCGGUUCGCUCCGGUUCCAUCGGGCAGGAUUAAACACUGCACCCAUCGCUGCCUGCUGCACCUUUAUAUUACUGCAACAUAACGACAGGAGCUGAUUAUUUUACUGCUAAUGAGUAUGGAUUCAGUUCUUUCUAUGUAGAUUUGUUCAUAUAGUUUGUUUUCCUUUGCUGGCAGCAGCGACCGUCUGCUGCAGAUCAUCCAACUGUGCCUUAAAACGUGCUUUUCUGAAGUGGCACCAGAGAAUGUACCGGAACUAGAACACCAUGAGAUUUUUUAGAGGAUAAACCAGGCAGACGCAUAGUUAUAGUUUGGAAUCUUGGAAAGUUGGCAUUUUGUAGAAGUUUCCUUUGAUAUUAAACCAAAAGGUUCUAUUUAUUUUCAUUUUUAAUGAGGGGUAUGUACUAUUUUAAUGUCACUAGACCUGUUGUAUGUUUUUCAUUAAUGAUUGACACUUGCUUUGUAAGAACUGUCGGGAUGUUUAUGAUAAAAUAAAGUGAACACUUUGAGAAAUAA